ACAGAUCCGGAAAAUGAUCAAUAAAACUAUAUAAUCGCACAACUUGCAUACGUUAAGCAUUGAACUACUAAGAGACAGACAGACGAUCAAGCGACAUGAAAUAUACGUUUGUUCUCAUGUGUGCUCUUCUGGCUGUGGUCAGCGUGAGCGGACAAGGGAUCCCAAUCCCAAAGAAGAAUUGUCCCCCCGGCGAGCGCUCCGUUCUCCACUGCCCUCGCAUGGCCGAACCCGACUGCAUAAUUCCCCGUAUGCACGACUUCGUGGACAGGCGAUUGCGGCCUUGCGGCGAACCCGACUGCUUCUGCGAACUGCCUACUGUCAGGGACAGGAGCACUCACAAGUGUGUGCGUCUUGAUGAGUGCCCGAAGAAAGAAGAUCAGUAGUUCUUCAGCUUUCUCAUUGAAAAUACAAAUGUUUAGGUAUUAGGUAUUGAUUUUAAAUAAAAAUCAGUGAAAAUAUUGUGUACCUUUAGAAAUAUAUAAAGGAAUAACCUA